UAGAUAUUGUGGGAAAUGGAAUCUGAAGAAUACAAAAACACUGAUGGAGACUUUGAUGACGAAGCCUCAGAAGAAUUUGAAGAGCUUGAUCAAAUUUCAAGGGUCGCUCUACUUAUUGACGAUCUUAAUAAUGAAGAUCCUCUUGCACAGCAAAAUUCUAUUGAAAAGUUAGGCACGAUUGUGCAAGUUUUAGGGAAACAUAGGACUGUCGAUGAACUCAUUCCUAUGUUGACAGAGCUUAUUGAUAAGAUAGAUAGUAACUCUGAACUACUUAUGCACUUAGCUCAAGAGCUAGGAAAUCUUACAGAUUUUCUUGGAAGUGAUUUUUGAAUAGAACUGUGCAAACCUUUGGAAUUAAUAUGAGCAGCUGACGAAAAUAUGGUAAGAGAUAAAGCUCAGAAAUCUCUUCUAAAGGUUUGUGAUCUCUUAGAAAAGCCAAGUACUAGGACUGAAUUUUAUGAAAUUGUAGAGAGAUUAUCUAAAGGUGAUCUUUACUCUAUGCGCAUCGCUUCUUGCUACUUGCUAGCUAAAACAUAUACUAAAACUUAUAACUCAGAAGUGAGGGAUAAGUUAUUUAAAGACCUCUCUGGAGAUGAUACUCCAAUGGUGAGAAGAGCUAUUGCAAUCAAUCUAGGAGAAUUUGCAGAAGCAAUAAAAUACCCAAUUGACAUAGUCUUGGAAAGCUACAAAAGUCUUUUGGAUGACCAGCAAGAUGCUGUCAAGAUAGAGUCACUCAAAAAUAGUUGCAUUCUCGCUAAAUUAAUCCAACAAGAUUCAUCUCUUUCUCAAGUUGAGAAGGACAAAAAGUUAGAGGAUGAAAUACUAAUUCCAGUUGUGAAAGCAUCUGAAAAUAAAAAGAGCUGGAGACUCAGGUUCUCAGUUGCUGAAUUAUUAGAUGAGCUUACUCAUAUAAUUGGGAAGGAACUUGCAGAUAAGCACAUUAAACCUAUGGUAGAAGCCUUGAUUAGUGAUACGGAACCAGAAGUAAAAUCUGAAAUUCUGCUAAAGGUUAUUGAGAUAAUGGAAUUUGUUAAGCCUGAUUUGAUAUUGGAUAAAAUCAUUGCUCUAACAACAGAUACAAGCCAACAUGUUAGGGAGUCGCUUGCUGAAUGAAUAUGAAAAAUUGCGAGCCAUGUAGAUACAGAACUUUAUGUAUCUAAAGCUUUACCUGGAAUGUGCCAGUUGAUGAAGGAUGCUACUACUGAAGUGAGAGUAUGAGUUCUUGAAAAUAUUGAGACUGUUACUCAAGUAAUUGGGCAAGAAAAUAUAGAUGCUCUUAUAAUUCCAGCAUUACUAGAGCUGACAACUGAUAAGCAAUGGAGAGUUAGAUAUGGAAUAGCUCAAUUCUUUCCAAAAUUAGCAAAGAUUUUUGGUAAAGAACUGUAUAUUGAAAAGAUGGAAAAAGUUUCAUUAGAUUUCUUAUCUGAUAAUGUAUUUCAAAUUCGUGAGCAAUCAAUGAAGAACCUAGUUGACCUUAAGAUCACUCUUGGAGAAGACUGGUUUGAGAGAACUGCAAAAGAAAAAGUCAGAGAAUUCUCCAGAUCAGAAAAAUGCUCAAUCAGGAUUCAAUCCAUUUUCUUGGUCAGAAUAAUCCACGAUCAUAUCGAUCCAGACAUUCUCAACAAGGACAUAAUCCCAGUAAUUAUUGGUCUCAAAGACGACUCAGUACCAAACAUAAAGUUCAACAUCUCUAAAACUCUUGACGAACUGAGUGGCCUACUCAGCAGAGAGAAUAUCUUCAUUGGUAAGAGUGCUCUUACCUCUCUGUGAGAGAAUGAUUCAGACGAAGAUGUAAAGUACUUCUCCAAAAAGGCCCUGUCAAAUGAAGUCUUCAGCAUUUAAUCUCUACCAAAAAUAAUUACAAAGAAUUGUUUCAUCA